UCAUUCAUUCACUGCCAGAAUUUAUUUUUUCAUAAUUUUCAUUUAUGCUUUACAUGUUUAUGUGUGCCAUUCUGGCGCAAACCUCUUGUGUGGGCGGGACUUAAUUUAGCAUCUGCUUCAUUUUAGCUUGGCCUUAAUCCUCUUUCUUAUAGGUGUAGUUGUGUUAUUUGCGUUAAUCUGUUUUCCGGCAUUAAGGAUUUUAAAUUUGCAUGCAUUAACACAUUGGCAGUUCAAAUAAAUAAAUAUGUAUUGCUUGAAGUAACAUUUACAAAUGUGGAGACUCAUCACAAAACUAGCUACGUUAAGAAGUUAUUUGCUUCAUUUCCAAGUGGCAGAGAGAGGGAUGUGUGUUUUUGCAAGAUGUUACAGUAGAUUUACUCAUUUUGUCCUUGCAUCACCUGUUUACGUGGAUCUUUGUUCUCAACCGUAUGGAACUGAAUUGAUUGGUUUUGACCAAAAUGUCCCGCCUCUGUCUCCCAUGAGAAAAGCUUUUUCUUAGAGAGCGAGAGAUGGGUGACGGUCAGACACUGGUAGGAACCAACAUCCAUUCGUUCUCCAAACCUCCUCGUCUUCUGCAGGGUUGUGGCAGAGACCGACAGUCGCACAAAUUUAUAGCACAAGACCCCCUUGCUGACUAAGAUCACAGAUAGUUGAACUUUGAUCAUGGAUAACGUCUCUGCUUUGAAUCUGAACACAAGCAUUUCUGGGUGGCAUCCUCCGCUGUGGUACAAGUUUGACGAGUGUGUUGUAGCUCCUUAUGGGUUUAUCUUCUACUUCUCUGUCAAAGUAAUUAACUUCAUUGUUGGAUUCCCGAGCAACGUCCUUGUGAUGUGGCAGAUUUUGACAAAGAAAAGUGAAGGCUCAACGUCCGACAUCUUCUUUUUUAACUUGUCCAUUAUAGAUGCAUAUUUCUGCCUCAUGACGCCUCUAGACAUGAUUAACUAUCUUUACCUGGAUGAUCAAAUCAUCUGGUACUUUCAACGAUUUGCUUACGGCCUGAAAGACAUGGCUCCCUUAUUCCUCACCUGUAUUUGCCUUGACAGGUACAUCGCCGUGGUCCAUCCCAUCGUAUUCACAGGGAUUCGAGACAAUCGUAUCCGGAUGGGCGUGUCUCUGGUGGUGUGGGGACUCAUCCUACCGUACACGUUGAUAAAGUGCAUCCUGAAUGUUCUGAGUGUGUACGAAGUGUUCAGUGGAGUCAUCCUCUUUGCAUUCUUCCUCAUGGUCUUCUGUAACUUGUCCAUCAUCUGGGUUCUCAGGAAGAGUGUAGCCGGGAAAGAAGUCAUGAAUCCGGUCAAAAAGAAGGCCUUCAAAACGGUUAUUACAGUUCUCGCCAUCAUCGUGGUGAGCUAUCUUCCUCCAGUGGCUCUAAUGCCAUUUGCCUCAACCUACUCGUUUGUGGAUUUUCGCUGUAAGAUCACCGUCGCAGUGUUCGGCAUCAUGGACCUGAGCUGUACAGUUGAGCCUCUCCUCUAUGUCUCUAAGAUGAAGCAAUCUAUGCUGUGUUGCUGCCUAGAGAGUCGUUCGAAGAAACCCGUCAACGUUAGCGUCUGAAACCCAGCAAAAAAACGCCUGAAACUUUUCAACUGUCUGCGCAUCUUCUCAUACGGUGUGUCCCCACUCAAUUAUAUUCUACAUUUUUUUGUUUGUCACUUGGUAGAGGCCAAAAAUCAUGCAUUAGUUAUUUUGCAAACUGCUAAAGAUUUAGUUCAUAAAUAUGAUUCACUUAAUGUCUUGUGUACAGUCUGUUUAGUGAUGCAAACCAGCUGAUAAUAGCUGAUGUUAUUUACUGCUUUUGUUAACAAGCUUUUGAACUGUGUUUUCUGAGUGUUGUGUUUCUGUAGACAUCACCUGUUCACUUGAUGUUUAAUUGUCUGAUUGAUAAAUAGACUCUGAGAAUAUA